AUGACGAGUGUGCAUGCUGCUGGCGAUUCAGCGAACAGCGCCUCUGUGCAUUGUGUAGAGAUACAAGUCUCCAAACAAGUUCACUUGAUGAUUGAAAACUCACAAAGCGCCAACAGUAUGCAGAUUAUUGUUCCAUCAUUCACCGGUACACUCGCGGUUCUGAGAUCCAGACCAUUCCAAAUGCUGCCACAAAAGGCUGCAAUGCAAUCAAGACAGAAUUUUGAUUGUCCUCUGACUGUGCACAUGAAUUGCGGCAGUUACUUCAGCAUGUUGCUCCGUUCUCACUCGUUUGAUCAAUAA